GUUGACCACCCACCCCUGGAGACUAGCAUCUUCACGGUGGAACUUUAUGCAGUUUUGUAUACUCUUCGUCAACUGUUUUCCAACGUCAAUGUUCCAUUGUUUUUGUGGUUGACUCUGGCAGUGCCCUCAUGGUUCUGGAGUCUUAACCCUUUACAUCCUCUGGCGUUGUGGGAAUGUGUACAGCGACUGAAUCUACCAUGUGAAACUGAUGUCUACUGUAGCCUCCACUGCUAGUGAAUACAGGGCCGGACCUCCACUGGUGGCGAAUACAGGCCCGUUGCCUCCACUGGUGGCGAAUACAGGCCCGUUGCCUCCACUGGUGGCGAAUACAGGUCCGUUGCUUCUACUUGCAGCGAAUACAGGCCCAUUGCCUCCACUGGUAUCAAACACAGCCCCCUUUGCCUCCACUGGCAGCGAAUACAGCCCCCGUUGCCUCCACUGGCAGCGAAUACAGCCCCCGUUUUCUCAACUCUUGGAUAUGACGACCGCUGGCACCCCUAAUGAUUUAGCAAACUGGUUCCAGAACAGCUUGCUUUAAUCAUCAUAUGUUAUAAUCAAUAACCACCACUGGUUACCAUCUUAGACUGCGAGCCGCACCGCUACCCACCUCUACAUUUGACUAAGACCACCACUCCUACAAUUGACUGCAAUCACAAAGAGGGCACAACUUGAGUGAUAAUGCAAGAGCAGCAGCAGCAACAGCUGAAGGCUAUGCUGGGGCCUAGAGGACAGCUAGCUUAUUAUGGUUUACGUCUACCACAGCAGCAACAGUCAGCAAAUAGUAGUGGGCUGACGAGAGGACCAUGCCCACCAUACAGAAGUCUGGUAACUCCUGCCCUGCACUCGGCCAGACCUGCGCUUGUCCUUCCCACCUAUGAGACAGCUUCGUCUACCGUGUCAUCGUUCAUUGAGAGUGUGAAUGAAAUUAGCAGUGUUUAUCCCUCCUCCACUACCCCUUCCACCCCCCUCACCACCACCACAACCUCCGCCUCUAGCGCCUCUGACCUGCCCAGUCUCAAGUCCUUCACUCUGGCAACAAGCUCAGCCAACAGCGUCUCUGGCACUGCCUACAAUGGUGUCACCGACACCCCAAACACCACUGCCAAUAUUACAUCCAGCAGUAUAGUCAACACUACGGCGAACAGUGUAAGCAGUAUUUCCAGCAGUGUAGCCACCAUAUCCAGCACCGACACCAGCAAGGUCAAUAAUGUAAGGAAAAAUAUUGGUAAUAACAUGGUGAACAGCAUCUCAAGCAGUACGCCCAAUGGUUCAGACUCUGGGAAGAGUGAGAGCAAGAUAGCGGGUCGAGGGCAGGAUCGCAGAACUCCCCCUCCUCCAUCCAGGAUGGUGACCCGUAGUCAGACUGCAGCAGUCAGAACACCAGUGUCGGUGGACGGGGAAGAUCGACAAAGUGUGCGUGGGAAAAGCAAGAGAUCACGUAGCUGCAGUGAAAAGGACGGACAAAGCCCACGUAAAAUACGCCCAGAGCUUGGAAUUAAUUCGGGAAUUGGCUUUGACGAUUUUCCUAGUAAAAAUCCCUCGGGGUCUGGGAUUGAGUUCGGUGCAGUGUGCUCUGACUGCGGAGCAGUAGCAGUUACUGGCACCGGGUGGAAUGCCCACCAGGCAGCACAUCGUGGUGAUGGUGCUCCUUGCAGCCAUUGCACUCUGGUAUUCCUCACCACUCACGGCCGCGACGCUCACCAACAGCUGCAUCGAGAGGGUCACACUCGUGAUGUCGACGACUACUGCGAGUGUGGGCUGUGUGGCGGCUCCUUCAUUGGCGUCAUGUACCUAGAGCUGCACCUGCUGGAGCUGCACGGCCGUGACGCCCUUUACGACCAGAGAGCAUUGCACUUGGGCCCUUCUAAUAAUAAUGAUAAUUCUUGCCCUCAGGAAGACGAGAGUGGACGGCAAUUAUUCCGUUGUGGUGUGUGUCAUACCCAGUUUACCUACAGUCUCAACCUAGACUGUCAUAUGGCCUUACACACAGAGGUUUCAUACGCUUGUGCGUUGUGUGACACAGCAUUCCAAUCUCUGGAUCCGCUCGUCAAUCACUCCAGAGCUCACCGCUUUGCUGGCAUUCCACCUAGUUCAGUGACCAGUGUGCCAGUUCACCUGGCCGGGGCCCAGGUACCUCUCCGUCGGCAUACGGGCUCUCAGCGUUCAGGAGUGCCGGCCACUUCACCGACGCCCUUCUCCAUGUGGGGGCUGCAACAGGUCAGAAACAACCAGCAUUCGGUAGUCGCCCAACCUACUUGCCCAACUACUCCAAUGGGUGUGCCACUAAACUCCUCGCUGACGCCUCCCAUGUCGCCUGCUAUGCUUAACUACUACAUGAUGAUGUCUCUCUGGGGUGGAGAAAAGACAAAUGCUGCAUUUGAUACACCCAUGUGGACUAACUAUCUAAACCCAGCCAUGAGUAAUGUUUUUAAUUACAUCAAUCCUUAUCUUCUUAACAAUAACUCUAAUGGUGUCAGGUCAAAGAGUGAAGACAUAAAAAAUGAUGAGAGUGGUAAGGUUGAGGCGGAGGAAGUCAAGGAAGAUAGCAGUAUUGAGGCGCCCGCUACUUAAUUUUCAUUAACUCUUGUUUUGAUCACUCGAGGCCCUAUAUAUAUAUAUAUACUCAUUAGAACCCUGAGUGAAACCAUAGGGCAAGGCUUUUACCUAUGUUUUC